AUGUCGCAAUUCGCUUCGCAUGGGCGCGGCGGCGCGGGGAACAUGGUCGACCCGACAAAGUCCCCGAAAAUCCAGCCCUCGGACCUCGAGACGCCGACGCUGAAAAAGGCCGUGGUCACCACGGGUCGUGGCGGCACGGGCAACAUGGCCAAGAACACUGAUCCCGCCGAAACCCGGUUGCGACAGGACGUCCAAGGUGUUCCUCGUCGCCCUAGCUAUGGUGCGCAGCAUUCCGGUCGCGGCGGCGCCGGCAACGUGUGGAAGGACAAGGAGGUGAACGCAAAGGCUGAUCGCCAGGAUACGCCUCCCGAACAAGCCAUUCGCGACGACGAAGACAGCGCCAUCAGUGGCGAAGAUGGCGACAAGCUCGAGAAGGCUGAGAAGGCGGCGAAGAAGCACUGGCUAUUCGGGAAGGGCAAGGCGUAG